AUGGCGACCUUCCUCCUCCUGGACGCCACGGACCAAGCCAUCACCCUGUGCUGGGAGCGCGGACCCGACGUCUCCGUCGAGGAAGUGCAAAUGAAAAUGAAAACCACGCCCGCCAAUGACCAACAACGGCAACAGCAAGAGGUAAAGGAUGGGAGUGAAGUGGGCAACGAGGUGGCGCCGAGCAGCGGCUCCGGCGGCGGCGGCGGCGGCGGCGGCGGCCUCGGCGAGGAAGGCGACGAAGGCGACUGGGUGACGCUGUCCAAAUCGCUGGGGUCCAGCGCCCUGAGGAAGAAGAAGCUCGCCCCCGGGACGGAGUACGUGUUUCGACGGAGGGCGAGAAAGCAGGAGGAGGAGGAGUGGGGGCCAUGGUCAAAGACUUCCGAGCCGUUCCGAACGCUCUCGGAGGGGGAAAUGCAGCCAAGCGCUCCGGCGGUCAAGCUGCGUGAGGCCGGUGCUCUUGUGAUGGAGUGGCCAGCAGUUCCAUCUGCAAGCGGUUACGAGAUUCAGAUGAGCACGUCGGGGAGCGAAUGGUGCACGCUCACGGCCUCGUUCGGAUCUACCCUCCUCAGGAAGAAAGGCCUAGAGGGCUCCAAGCAGUACCGGUUUCGACUCCGGCCCGUGUUCGGCGGCGGCACGCAAGAGGGAAGGGGUGGAUGGGGGUGGUCCCCUUCGUCGGAUCUCGCCUCCCCGGCGGUGCUGAACGCCUUCUUGCGGUCUCAAGCGCCGGCGGAGUUGGUGGGGAGAGGGAAGGCGGUCGUGAGCAGAGACAUUCUCGCCGGGAAGAUUGUAGCCUUCUACUUUUCCGCCUCGUGGUGUGGCCCAUGCCGAAAGUACACUCCGCAGUUAGCGGCCCUGUACACCCGGGCCAAGGCCCAGCACAAGGCGUUCGAGGUGGUAUUUGUCAGCCUAGACGGGGACGAGGAGUCCAUGGACAGGUACCACGCCGGCAUGCCCUGGCCGGCCGUCCCAUACGACCACCCUUUCCGGGAAGACUUCGCGUCAAGCAAGGGAGUCAACUCGGUGCCCCGACUCGUCGUCACGGGCAGGCGGGGCCAGGAGAUCGCGAGUAACGCCGUGGGGAUGACCUGGGAACAGCUCGUGACUUGGGAAGCGCACGGGUAGUUUUUGUUCGUGUUGUUCACUAGCGUUUCAAGCGGGUCUGUCUAUUGUUUGAAACCGACCAACUGCGUACGAAUGAUGCAUGGCACGAGGGGCGUCUCGUUUGUGGAUUGAUUUUUGUGUUUUUUGAGGUGGUCAUGUGAGAGACAGAGAGAGGCUGUCCGUCUGUCAUGACGGCGCGAGGCCGUGACGCUGGAGUCACCUUGUAGUCGUAACUUUCUUUUUUUUAAA